AUGCUUUCCGUGCUGUCACGUUCAUUUUCGCGUUCUUCAAAGAAUUCAUUGGGAAACCGCAGUGUUCUUAUUGUGGGUGCCGGUGUUGCCGGUCCUGUAUUAGCAUAUUUUCUUCAUCGUUAUGGUGUGCACCCUGUGGUAGUUGAGCGUACGCCACAACUGCGCACAACUGGUCAAACUGUCGACGUACGUGGCGCAGGGAGAGAGGUUGUACGACGCAUGGGCGUUAACAGCGUGAUUCGUGAAAAGAUCACCAGGGAGGAUGGACUGGCCCUUGUCGAUAGCGCAGGACGCACGCAAGCCGCUUUCGGUGUGAAGGACUUUGGUGGUCAAGGCUUCAUCGCCGAUAUUGAAAUACUUCGUGGCGAACUAGUGAAUAUACUUUACGAGCAGAGCCGUAAUCAUACCCAGUAUAUCUUUGGCGAUCACCCUUCAUCGAUCAAUGAUCAAGGUGAUCAUGUGCAAGUUACGUUUGCUAGUGGUAAUAUUCGCGACUUUGACUUGGUCAUUGGUGCUGAUGGCAUACGAUCAAAAACUCGACGCCUUCUCUUCAGUGACAAGUCGCCUAUCCAUUAUCUAAAUAUGUACACUGCAUAUUUUACUAUUCCCUACAGUCAGUCAGAUGGCACCUGGGCACGUUGGUACAAUGCGCCGAAAGGACGGACAGUGCUGAUCCGCCCGGAUAAUCAGGGCACCACGCGUGCCUUCUUGACAUUUCGCAGCUCACAGCGUGGCUACGAAGAGCUUGAUCCAGACAUGCAAAAAGAGCUUCUACAAAAGGUAUUCGCAGACGCAGGUUUCGAAACGCCCCGGGUGCUGAAUGGACUGAUGAAUUCAAAUGAUUUCUAUUUUGAAGCGAUUGGACAGGUCAAGAUGGAUCAGUGGUCACGUGGACGAGUUACCUUGGUGGGUGACGCGGGUUAUUGCGCCUCACCAGUCAGUGGUAUGGGUACAACUCUGGCUUUUGUUGGCGCUUAUAUCCUUGCUGGUGAGAUUGGCCGCCACCACGAUCAUACGGAAGCCUUCAGGCAAUACGAAGCACUAAUGCGUCCAUACGUUACCAAAGCGCAGAAACUAAUUCCAGGGUCUAUCCACGUUGCUUCACCACAAACCAGUACUGGAAUUGCGUUCAGAAAUGCUCUGUUGAGCUUUGUAGCCCGACCUGCCGUUACCCGACUUCUCACAAAACUGACAGAAUCAAAGACUGCUGAGAAAGUGACGCUGCCAGAUUAUGAGAUUGUAUUGGCUCAAUAG